UCUUGUUCCUUAUAGUUUUCUCUCUUACAAGACCUAACCUAUUGUCUUUUCUUUGUUGAUUCCAAGGUUUCUUUUUCAUUAUCCCAGAAAAUUCCAAGAAUAAAAAGGGUUCUCUUUUAUUGAUUUAAACUCCCCUGUUUUUUUGCCCUGAUUUCUCCUUUUAUUGUGGAGAAAACAAUGUUCUCAAGUGCAUAUCAAGGUUUGCAAUUGUGCCUAGAGGCAGGGGUCGUUGAAUCACAUUUUCUAAGGCUGAAACUGGCUCCAUCUGCAAUUAUUCUUAAACCGACGGAACUCGAAUCUACGUCCUGUGAUGAAGAAAAAAGCAUCGGCGUUACUGAUGACGAUGACAACAACAAUGGCAGCGAUUGUAAACCGAUAGUUAAUCGACAUAUUGAUAUUGGUGGUUGGAGAUUUCUUCAAUCCCUCGCCAGCCGCAAAGAUUCUACGGAGCAUAAUGAAGUUUACGUGCACCCUCUUGCUAAGAGUUCUGCUUGUAAUCUAAGUGAAAAAAGCCUUCACAUGUGCACCGAAAGCUUAGGGAGCGAGACCGGAAGUGAAAUCAGCGACUGCAGUGAUGACAUUCUGUUUCUUUCAUCGGAAACUGUUGGCCGCCAUACACCAAAACCGAGGGAAAAUUUUGUGACGAGAAGGAUGAGUUGUAGCGGUUCAACUACGGGUCGUGGCAGUAGCUUUCCACCUCCUUUGACGUCCAUUAGCGGUUCCGGUUCAACUGUGUAUUACAAUCCAUUGAAUACUAGAAGAAUGAGUCGUAGUAGCAGCACCUUUCCGCCUCCUUUGACGUCCAUUAGCGGUUCAAAUGGCGUCCGAGUCACGUCUCACCGUGAAGGCGGCCGCCUCGUACUCCAAGCCGUUAGUGCCCCUACUUGUAAUACGUACAUGCAUGCAGAACGGAGUGAAGGAAGGCUUAGGCUUUGCCUUUUGAAACAAGGUACCCCUAGUACCCCAAUUUUCGAUGACCAGGACGGUGAAGAGGCGGACAACGGAGAAGAAGGUGAAGUAAAUGAAGAACAAAGUGAGGGAAGACUUAGCCUUUUCCAUUCGAAAGAUACUACCGCUACUACCCCGAUUUUCAAUGAUAAAAACGGCAAGGAUGAAGAACAAGAACGAGAUGAAGUAGCCAAAGAAGAUAAAGUUGUUAAUGAAGAAAAUGGUACUGUGCAACAUGAAGUUGAAGAAGAAAAGUGUCAUUGGGCAGAUGAGGGUAUGGAUGUAAAGACUGAGAAUAUUGGGGGUAAAAUUUGGAUGGGGAAGCUAGCGAGAGCUAGCAGUUGCAAAGAAAGACCUUGUAGGCACGAAGGAUUCCUUACUUGGGAGCCAUACUUUGUGGCAGCUUAG